AUGUUUAACUGGGUGGUGAAAGUGGUCCCCCAACCCCCUGAAGCCCCUGGGACAGACGAAGCCGGGAAGGCCUCUGCCACUGACCACAACAAAAACAGACAGGUAAAAAGUCUGCUGAAAAGCACAGAUGAGGCUUCAGACGACAGUCAGGCCCAGACUGGAGUUCUAGGCUGGCUGUCUAAUGGGUUCGUCAGCGCCAUGCCUCAACCAGCCGGCUCCCCUCGACCCGGCAGGGCUGACACCGGCCAGUCAGGGGAGGAUGGAGAAAGUUCCGGAGUGAUAGGCUGGGUCACUCAGGGUCUGACCAAGGUGUUGCCUCAGCCGGAUGAGAAGUACAAAGAGUCUAACGACGAUGAUGAGGAACACACUGAGGUAUUUGAAAUAGCAAAAAUGCCAGAUUAUGAUCCCCUCCCACACGUCCCUGUGGUGGAGAUGGAAUCAGAAGACGAGGUGUCGGAGGUGGAGCGCGUGCCCCCUCAAUUUCCUCCCAACGUGGUGAACUGGCUUAAACAGAUGGUCCCUCAGCCGGUCACCCCUGGGUCCGUACCAAUAGAACCAUCACCCAAGUCCUCCCGCUCCUCUCUGGACAAAAUUUUGUCUCCACCACCUGAAUCUCUCAGUGGCAUCUCACUGGAUACUGACAGCAAGGCCUCCGGUGUGGUCGGCUGGUUCAUAUCAGGACUGGGCCUGAAGGUUCCUCAGCCUGCGAUCCCACCCAAAGAUGAUGCCGAGGCUGCAUCUGAAGUUCUAAAGAAAGUUUCAGUCAAACUCAAACCUGACAUGGUACUAGAAGAUGUGGAGUCAGACAACGAGGGCACCAGGAAGCAUGAACAUCAGUCUCAAGCUGCGGCACCAUCCCCAUCACUGACUCCACUGACAUCACACCAACAGCAGGAGGCCUCACAGCAGUCGAGUUCACUGCAGUCCCAGAAGUGCAGUGAUACCAGCCCACAAGCAGAACAGUCAGAGAGUGGAGCAAAAAUGUCUCUAGAGGAUGCUGAGACCCAGACAGGCCGCUGGACACCGUUCAUUGAGAGCAUUAAAAGGGAGGCAGAAGAUGUAGCUUUGGCUACUAUGGAGGAACGUCUCAUGCAGGAGCGCCUGGAGAUGGCCCGUAUGGCUGAGGAGGUGGCCAGGCAGACAGCUGAGAUGGCCAUUAGACAGAUGGCCAGUGAGGGACAGUCCAUCAAGCUCUCACUGGGGAGUCAAGAACUGCUGGAUGAGCCCACAGCUGAGCUGCCAGAACCACAAGAAGAGGAGAGCGAAGUGGUGGACCACUGUAAAGUCACACAAGAGGAACAGAGUCUUGCUGAGGAAGAAGUGAAGGCAGUGACUGAGGACUCUAUUGUCGAGGAACCAGAAGUAAAGGAGGAAGCAGAGCCACAGCAGACCUCACCCUCUCCACCUCCAAGUCCUGAACCAGUUAAGACAGUGGAGCCAGAGCCAGAGCCUGAAUCACAACCUGAGCCAGAGCCAGAGACCAAGGAAUCUGUUCCAGAAGCAGAGCCUAUAACCCAGCAGCCACAGAAAUCUGAGAAAGACGUUCAAAGCCCCAACGCUGACAAAACAUCUGAAAAAGAGGAGGAAGCCCCUGGGGAUGACUGUGGAGCUCCAGUCAGCUGCGAUGCAAUUAAGAGCUGCCUGAUGCGCAUUCCGCACACCUCAGAGUGCUUCGGCAACAUCAACGCAUUCUUCAAAGAAAACGGCAUAUCCACUCCCAAAAUACCCCCCAUGCCUAAGCUACCCACCCAGCUCUCUGAAGUUACCAAGUACCUACCCUCCCUACCACCUGAAUUGCGCCAGGAAUUCUCCCAGAUCCGACUCACGCAGGUCCCGCAAAAUAUUGCCCAAACUCUGACUGAGUUAUUGCCCAAAAGCUCUGACGGAUCAGUUGGCCCCAGUCUGUCCAGCCUUUCCCAGAGCUUUUCGGACAUCCCGCAGAAGCUCUCCCAGAUUCCUAGCCGGACGCAGCAGUACUUCCUUAACGUCCAGAACCGCCUCAACAGCCUAUGCCUCAAGAUGCCUAAGGAACAACAACAACAGCAAAAUCAGCAGAAAGACAAGAAUCAGCAAGAUUUAGAGCUCAACCGGCUCAUCCGACACACCCCUCUUCCUCCUGCUCACCAUCCUCAGCUCCGGUCCCGCUCCCCGUCUCCAUCCUCUCCUAAUGGAAGCGCCCUCGAACUGCCAAAUGUGCCAUCCUACCCACGCCUGCCACCUAUUGUCAGCCCCCCAUCAAAGCAGCUCAACUCACUUUCCCGCCAGCUGUCUGGUCUCUCUAACCCAGCGUUCUUCAUUGAAGACGACUCAGACAUUCCAGCAAUACGACGUGCAGACAGCUCAAGCCUAAGCCUUCGUCCGGCCGUCAAUGUAGAGGAUGUUGACUCAGAUCAUGAGAUAGGGGGGAGAGGAGGAGGAGUGGAGGGACAGAGCAAUGUUCCCCAAAUCCUAACACCACAGGACCCAAAACUUACAACCCUAACUGUCCCCGUGACCCCUUCAGGAGGUCGUCAGAGUAAAGGAGAAAAAGAUGGAAGGAAUCGUAGGACUAUCUGGACAAAGAUUAGGCGGCUGCACUCCCAAAGUGAGGAUGAUGAUGAUGAAGCAAACAUCCCUGUCAGAGCCUGGCCCAGCCAGUCCAGCCUGCACAGCACAGAUGAUAUACUUAAAGAACGUCCAGCGUCUUCAGCUAGUCAGACCAGUACAGUGGUCAAUGAGCGUCUUCAGGAGCUGGUCCGGAUGUUUAAAGCGAGAACCGAGAAGGCUAAGGAGAAACUCAUUGACCCUGACAGCUCAGAUGAAGACAGCAUUAUCCCUUCUCCUCCUCAGGCUUCAGCUCCUCAGCCCGCUCCUGCAGCUCAGCCAGUGAACGAGGGAGAGGCACAAGCAGGUCCAUCAGGAGGAGGAGGCGGAGGAGGAGGAAUAGAAAUUGGGGCAGAGGAGGAGCAGUGUGGCCGCCGCAGCAAGGUGAAAACUCCUCGAUGGAUACGAGCCUGUAUGCACUACCGCUUCCCUGCCAGCAUCGACCCCUUCACCAACCUGAUGUACGUGCUGUGGAUGCUACUGGUCACUCUGGCAUGGAACUGGAAUGUGUGGUUCAUCCCUGUGCGCUGGGCCUUUCCCUACCAGACUCCAGACAAUAUCUACUACUGGCUGCUGAUCGACUACCUGUGUGACCUUAUUUACAUCAUGGACAUCAGCAUCUUUCAGCCGCGGCUGCAGUUUAUCCGCGGAGGGGACAUAGUGUCUGACAAAAAAGAAAUGAGAAAGAACUACAUGAAAACCAAACGCUUCAGAUUUGAUGUAGCCAGCCUUGUUCCACUGGAACUCUUCUAUUUUAAAACUGGCGUCAACCCUCUGCUUCGCUUACCCAGACUACUGAAGAUCAACUCCUUUUUUGAAUUCAACGAGCGUCUUGAGGCUAUCUUAACCAAAGCCUACAUCUACAGGGUGAUACGUACGACCACCUACCUUCUUUACUGUCUCCACUGCAAUGCCUGUCUGUACUACUGGGGCUCUGCCUUCAACGGACUAGGAUCAACACAAUGGGUGUACAAUGGCGAGGGCAACAGUUACAUUCGCUGUUACUACUUUGCGGUGAAGACCCUCAUUACCAUUGGCGGUCUGCCGGACCCCACCACCCUGUUUGAAAUUGUCUUCCAACUUAUCAACUACUUUGUUGGAGUCUUUGCCUUCUCUAUCAUGAUUGGACAGAUGCGUGAUGUGGUCGGUGCAGCCACAGCUGGUCAGACUUACUACCGCACAUGUGUGGACAACACGAUUAAAUACAUGUCCUCCUAUCGAAUCCCCAAAGACGUCCAGAACCGUGUCAAAACCUGGUACAACUACACCUGGCAAUCACAAGGCAUGCUAGAUGAGCAGGAGCUACUGACUCAGUUGCCAGAUAAAAUGCGUCUGGACAUUGCUAUAGAUGUCAACUACUCCAUCGUCAGCAAAGUCCCCCUUUUUCAGGGUUGUGACAGACAGAUGAUCUUUGACAUGCUGAAAAGCUUACGCUCCGUUGUUUACCUGCCUGGGGAUUAUGUCUGCAAAAAGGGUGAGGUGGGUCGGGAGAUGUACAUCAUAAAAGCAGGGGAGGUGCAGGUGGUUGGGGGACCUGAUGGAAAGACAGUCUUUGUCACUCUCAGAGCAGGAUCAGUGUUUGGAGAGAUCAGUUUGCUUGCAGUAGGCGGGGUUAACAGGCGCACAGCAAAUGUGAUCGCACAUGGCUUUGCUAAUCUCUUCAUCCUGGACAAGAAAGACCUGAAUGAGAUCCUGGUCCACUAUCCUGAGUCCAAGAAACUGCUCCGCAAGAAGGCCAGAAAGAUGCUUGCUAAGGGAAAGAAACCUGAACCCAAAGCAGAGGCUAAGAAUCCCCCUCAGGUCCCGCCAGCCCCUGUUAGGACGGAGACCCCUAGACUGCUGAGAGCAGCCCUGGAGAUGACGGAGAGAUCUACUGGACUUAAAGGAGCUCUGGCUAAAGUCAAAGAAAAAACCAACAAGUCCAGUAUCUCGCUACAGCCCUCCAUCUCCUCCACCCUGCCUCCUCCAUCUCCCACCUCCAGCUCUGGACCUGACAGAGACGCAGACACGCCGUCACCCAUGUCUGCCAGCUCUGCGACAUUUCGCUCCGCUUCCCAUUGCCGCAACAACAACAACAACAACUCUGUGAGGCCUCACUCUCCCUCACAGUGCGCUGGCGACGAAGACAAGAAUCUUGCCAUGAACCGAAGAGAGGAGGGUGCCAGUGAGGUCGAUGGAAGCAGAUGUGGGAAUAGGAAGGAGAAAAUGUUGUGAUAAAUCUUUAAAGGAAAAGGGAAGGAGGAAAAACAUGACCAGUAUAUCUGCUGUAAAUUGACUGGAUGGUGGAGUGAAAGAGAGGGGAGGUUCUGUAAAUGAGUUUUGGAAAACGUGUGGAACGGCUUCAAUGCAAAAAUAUCAAGGUAGUACUGUAUUACAAUCUCACCCAUGACUCAAUGUCUACAUUAUGCUGUGCAUUCGUACUAUAAAAACCUGGUAUAUUUGGUCACUUUGGUGGCAGAUGUCAUCGAUGUUGCAUGAGCUGCUGUAGGAUGAGCUGUGUUUGUAUUAGAACCUUUACAUCUUAUGGGUGUCCCUGUCUGUCUCUGUAUUUCUCAAUAUGGAGUCGUAAGAACAAGUCCAGAUUCAUUCUGUUCAUUCUGUUCUCCAUUUGCUUUGCAGUGUUCUCUCAGUCUCCACCACUGUGUUCAUCUUUAUUAUUCUCAAUGUUACAUAAUCUAUGUAGGAACAAGCCAUUCCCCACCUGGUUACCUCUUCAGAAUUCAUCUUUACAUCACCUACACUGAGUUCACAUGACUGAAGUCAGUGUAGCUGUGAUGAUGACUGAAUUCUGCAUGGGAUGGCAUAGCUAAGCCAUCACAGUAAUUCAGCUGUUUAUAAUCAUUUCUGCGAAACUGAACUUUUUGUCUUUCUAAAACAUACAAACAUGUUUUUGCUGUUGUUGUCUGCUUACUCUGUACAGAUUAUUUUGUAAAACCACAAUUUGCCUUAUGAGUUUUGUCAUUUACCCAUGUCUUGUGUUGGUGUGAGUAGCUUGCGUUGCUGAUGUCUGAAAAGCAGUACAGACUUUGUGUUACAAAUAAAUCACAAAUAAAUGAUAAAUUGACAGGUCACCUGAGAUUACUUUAUAUAGAUUUUCAGUCUGUCUUUGACCAUCAUGACUUUACGCAUAGCAAGCUCAAACAUCAUCUAGCCUCUUAUUACCUCAACGCUGCAUUUGACAUGCUAAUAGAUACUGUGUACGUCAUCGAUCACUCAUCACUAUCUUAUUCUUUUAGUCAUCAAUAUGUGUAAAACCAUUGCUUUACAUAUUUUACUUGCUUUUGACAUGUUUUCUUUUAUUUUUGUUUUGUACAACAAUGUAAACAUAUUUGUUUUUUGUUUCUUCUUUUUUUUUUUUAGAUGAA